CGCCGGGGGCUUGCGGCGCGGUCACGGCCCGGCCCGCGCCCCGAGCCCGUCUGUGCUGCGCGGACACGCCAUGAGCUCCUCCGCGCCCCAUGACGGGCAGAGCUGCCUCCAGCGGGCCCUAUUCCUGGAAGGGCGUCUGGUCUGCGUGCUUGCCGGGGAGUAAAACCUGCAAGGGGAAAGAAAUGAGCCGUCAGACCGCCACAGCACUACCCACAGGUACCUCCAAGUGCACGCCUUCGCAGAGGGUGCCCGCGCUGACGGGCACCACAGCUUCCAACAAUGACUUGGCCAGUCUCUUCGAGUGUCCCGUGUGCUUUGACUAUGUGCUGCCACCCAUCCUGCAGUGUCAGAGUGGCCAUCUGGUCUGUAGCAACUGUCGCCCCAAACUCACGUGCUGCCCCACUUGCCGAGGCCCGCUGGGCUCCAUCCGUAACCUGGCUAUGGAGAAAGUUGCCAAUUCCGUACUAUUCCCGUGUAAAUACGCCUCUUCCGGCUGCGAGAUAACUUUGCCACACACAGAAAAAGCAGACCACGAGGAGCUGUGUGAGUUUAGGCCUUACUCCUGUCCCUGUCCCGGUGCUUCGUGUAAAUGGCAAGGCUCGCUGGAUGCUGUAAUGCCGCACCUGAUGCAUCAGCAUAAGUCAAUUACGACGCUGCAGGGAGAAGAUAUAGUGUUCCUGGCCACGGACAUUAAUCUUCCUGGUGCUGUUGACUGGGUUAUGAUGCAGUCUUGUUUUGGCUUUCAUUUCAUGCUAGUGUUGGAGAAACAGGAAAAAUAUGAUGGUCACCAGCAGUUCUUUGCAAUUGUACAGCUGAUAGGAACACGCAAGCAAGCAGAAAACUUUGCUUAUCGACUCGAGCUAAACGGGCAUAGGCGGCGAUUGACUUGGGAAGCUACUCCUCGAUCCAUUCAUGAGGGAAUUGCAACAGCCAUUAUGAAUAGUGACUGUCUAGUCUUUGACACCAGCAUUGCACAACUCUUCGCAGAAAAUGGCAAUUUAGGCAUCAACGUAACUAUAUCCAUGUGUUGAAACGGCAAUCAAACCUCUUCAGGCCAGUGUUUAAAACCAUUGCAUUUAAUUUAGCAGAAAUAGGGUAACCAUCUUUGACUGUCAGACAAAUUAUUUGAUAGAUGGAGGGUAGACAUAAAUGAAGGUAAAUAAAAGGAAAGGCUGUUAAAUUACAGGAAGCAGUUGCAUGUAGUAACUAAUAUAUUUAAAAUAAGUCAACAGUAAACCACUGAAAAUAUAUAUACACCCAAAAUGGGCAUCUUUUGUAUUAAGAAUUGAUUCUACAGGAAAUGUUGUAAAAUAAUUCUAAAAACUUGUUUGUAGAUUGAUUGUACUGUUGAAAAGGAUACUGUUUCGUGUUUUUGUUUGUGUUUUUUUCCUCCCCCUUUGACUGACAAGCCAUGUUGAGCGGUCUGGUCUCUGGCCACUGCUUCCCCUCCUCCCCAUCCCCCCUUUGUAAGUCACUACAUAGUAUUGCUGCUGUUUGUGUAUAUUUUUUGUGUAUUUGCUAAUUUUUAUUAACUUCUAGUUUUUCAUUAAAUAAAUAUGACUUUCUUUUCUGUAAUUCAGGUUUUUCUCUUUUUUGUAUCUUUUUAAAAUUAAUUACAGGUGUCAUCUUUUGAUAUGCAUAAUUGCUAUGGUAAAACUUAUAUUUCUGUAUGUUUGGUAAAUUUUGUCUCUUUCCAGUAGUCAAUUCAUUGGUGAUACUGUUCUUAAUUGAGCUAUUUGUGAAUGUACUGAACUCGAAAGGAGUGCUUAUGUUCAAAGAUGUGUCAGGAAAGACAGCUCCUUUAAAAACAGAUCUAGAUGUUGUUGUACUUUGAGUUAGCUUCUAACAAAAAUGAACAAUUACUAAGAAUGUUCCGAAUUAAAAAAAAAACCAGUAAUUCACAUUUCAAAUUUAGAGAUGCUUAGAAAAUUGAUUGCAUCCUUGUAUUUGCUGGUUUGCAGUACAAAGAAAGUAUUGUAUUACACAAUAUUUGUAAUUAUAAAAGCAGACCAUUUGUCUAAAAAAAAAAGGCAGUCGGAAUGAGAUGUUUUCAGUCUUUUUAUAUUUGUCAUUAAAAGAUUACCUGGCAAAUGGAAAAAA